AUGGGGAAGGAUGACGCCGAGACGGUAGCUUUGAAGCAGGAAUUGGAGGAUCUGAUAAACAGAUGCAAGGUUGACCAAAAGAAGCAAAUGGAUACCACCUUGGAGGAGGUGUGUAACGGGGUAGCGGACGCUCCCAAAGUCAAAUUAAGUACAAAAAAGCUACUAAAAGGACACAUCAACAAGGUGAACUCUGUGCAUUACAGUGGCGACAGUAGACAUUGCGUGACAGGCUCGUUAGAUGGGAAGCUGAUUAUCUGGGACUCGUGGACCGGAAAUAAGGUCCAGGUGAUACCGUUGCGGUCAGCGUGGGUGAUGUCUGUGGCGUUUGCCCCCUCGGGGAACUUUGUCGCCUGUGGUGGCAUGGACAACAUGUGUACCGUCUACGAUGUGAACAAUCGUGACGCCACUGGCUCCGCCAAGAUAGUCAGAGAGCUGCUGGGAUACGAGGGUUUUCUCUCCUCCUGUAGAUUCCUGGAGGACAAGAAAAUCAUCACUGGUUCCGGUGACAUGAAAAUCUGUAUAUGGGAUCUGGAAGCGAAUAAAAAGACAACAGACUUCCCUGCGCACGCGGGGGACGUUGUCAGCAUCAGUUUAUCCCCUGACAUGAGCCAUUACAUCACCGGAUCGGUCGAUAGAACGUGCAAGCUAUGGGACGUCAGAGAAGAGACCGCGAAGCAGACUUUCUUCGGACACGAGGCUGAUGUGAAUUCCGUUUGCUACCAUCCGUCAGGGCAUGCUUUUGUAACCGCCUCGGAGGAUAAGACGGCAAGACUAUGGGACCUGAGAUCCGAUCAGCAGCUGGCUUCGUUCAAGCCGCCGAAUUCGAACCCUGGAUUCACGUCGUGCGGCCUGUCGGUGAGCGGUAGAUUUAUAUUCUGCGGAAGUGACGACAAUUCUAUUCACAUCUGGGACACACUGAAGAACCAGUACAACGGUGUUAUGACGGGACACGAGAACCGGGUAACGUCUCUGAGCGUCUCUGGGAAUGGCAUGGCCGUUGCUAGUUGCUCCUGGGAUCAGAACGUUCGAAUUUGGGUGUAG